CACAUGGGGGUGCGGGUGUGCAGGUGCCAAGCGCCAUGGGUUAGGCCCGAGAUCGGAGUCCGGCCGCCCCCCGACAGCAGCCGCCUCCUGCUCCCCGCGCGCCCCGGGCGCCACCAUGUCGGGUGACAAACUCCUGAGCGAACUUGGCUAUAAGCUGGGUCGCACAAUAGGCGAGGGCAGCUACUCUAAGGUUAAGGUGGCCACUUCCAAGAAGUACAAGGGUACGGUGGCCAUCAAGGUGGUGGACCGGCGGCGAGCGCCCCCGGACUUCGUCAACAAGUUCCUGCCUCGAGAGCUGUCCAUCCUGCGGGGCGUACGGCACCCGCAUAUCGUACACGUCUUCGAAUUCAUCGAGGUGUGCAACGGGAAGCUGUACAUCGUGAUGGAGGCGGCCGCCACCGACCUGCUGCAGGCGGUGCAGCGCAACGGGCGAAUUCCUGGAUCACAGGCGCGCGAGCUCUUCGCGCAGAUCGCGGGCGCUGUACGUUACUUGCACGACCACCAUCUGGUGCAUCGCGACCUCAAGUGCGAAAAUGUGCUGCUGAGCCCUGACGAGCGCCGCGUCAAGCUCACCGAUUUCGGCUUCGGUCGUCAGGCUCAUGGCUAUCCAGACCUUAGCACCACCUACUGCGGCUCGGCAGCCUAUGCGUCACCUGAGGUACUCCUGGGCAUUCCCUACGACCCCAAGAAAUAUGACGUGUGGAGCUUGGGCGUCGUGCUCUACGUCAUGGUCACCGGGUGCAUGCCCUUCGACGACUCAGACAUCGCGGGCCUGCCCCGGCGCCAGAAGCGCGGCGUGCUCUAUCCCGAGGGCCUCGAGCUCUCCGAGCGCUGCAAGUCCCUGAUUGCCGAGUUGCUACAAUUCAGCCCAUCAGCCAGGCCCUCAGCGGGCCAGGUAGCGCGCAACAGCUGGCUGCGCGCUGGGGACUCCGGCUAG